AUGCGCCUCUCCAUCGAGCGGCUCUUGCUUCUGCUUUGCCUUAUCCUCUCGCCUGUCGCUGCAUUUGUGAGCCCAUCAUGUAUCAAAGUCGUCUCUGCGCUUGUCGGGCGACCGGGUCACAUUUUCAAGAAAUUCCAGAGUGAAAUCUGCGAACGCGGCUGUGAACCGACCAUCCCCCACUGGGACCUCUGGACUCGCAACAACUCGUUCGUCCCGGCUGUGCGCAGCUUGAUGCAGCGCAUGAAUGUGCCUCAUAAGGAGGAGGCACUGCUCAAAAUGGGCGACGACGUGGCGGUCAUCAUCAAAGAACAAUGCGCCCCGAUGCUGCGGGGGCACCAUAUCUGCUCCGACCCGGAGACGCUGGCCGACUUUGGCAACUGUUUCAAGCGCAACUUCUUCAAGGCGUCGCUCCGACAUCUGCCCAUCCUCCUGCCCAUGGCCUCAGAGGCGGCGUGCAAGGAACAAUACCAGUUUCUUCAGGGAGAGGAGUUGUGGGAGGUGACAAUUCCGAACAAUAUGCGCGAGUAUGCGGGUGUAUGCGAUCAAUUGGGUCCUCACAAGCACGAGGAUUUGUAA